AUGGCCAAAUCAUCCGGUGCCGCCACCUCCAGUUCCGCGCCGCCGACGGUUUUCAUCAACUUCACCGCGACCGAAUAUGUUCCCGUCACAGCAACAACAACCGCCUCGGAAUUCUUCACCGACACCACCACCACCUCGGAAUUCUACACCGAUACGACCACUACGUCCGAGUUCUUCACUGAUACAACCACCACUUCGGAGUUCUUCACGGACACCACCACCACCUCCCAGUUCUUCACCAACACAACCACCCUACCAAUCACAAUCUACCAGACUAUCAUCUCCACGUCGAUUGUUACGACGACCCAAACCGUGACAGAAACAACGACGACAAUCUCCAUUACUCCAACCACGUUAACCACACCUACGACAGCAACCGUGACGACUCCAACAACCGAAACAGUGACCACUCCAACUACUGAAACAAUAACAACUCCCACCACAGCGACGCUCACGGAAACGUCAAUAUCGACGACCCCAACAACCGCGACGGCGACAGAAAUCAUCUCGAUAUACGAGAUUACAACUCAGGCUACCAGCAUUACGUUAUGUCCAACUCGGAUAGUCAACCCAACUUAUACCGCCGCCGGGCCAUAUCCCACAGACUGGACGUGGGGUUGUCCUCCAGGCUGGCUGUGUAAACCUGUUCUGGAGAACUGCAACUUCGAAGCUGGCAUCCCGGAUCCAAAUUUCCUUUGCAGUCCGAACCAAUGUAUCCCGGCCUCAGUCCUUCCCCCGUCCCUCCCAACCUGGGACCUGGAUAUCUAUGGAAAUUCUACGCCUGCAACAAACCCGGCCCUCCGCAUCAAUGUUAUUGAUGAUUUCUUCAACAUGGACCCGACUCAGUUCGGGUUGACAUAUGACAUCUUCGUCGUCAACGAAGUGUUGACUCGCACCACCACUAUACUAUUGCCACCGAGCCCGACCGUUGCAGCGAGACAAGCGCAGACUAAGGUUCCGGGUGCUUGUUAUCCGUGGUGUAAUAAUUGUCUGUUAGAGGCUCAGUCGAACGGGAAGACGUCCAAACUCUGCGUGCCCGGCUCAGCAUUUGAGGUCUCACUCGCGCAGUGUGAGCAGUGCAUUGACUACCACAAGGCCGAUGACUCGGCCAGUUUUGUGCAGAUCGCACCGCAGUUUCAACAGUUCCUCGAUUACUGCGAACAAUUUUCGACUGUUGGCGUAAGUACCACCUUGACGACACCCACAACCAAUGCUGCUGGUUCGACUCUCGCCACGGCCACGGGAACCAUAAUGACGACGGUCACGCCGAAGAGUUCGGCACCUCCUCCCUCCUCGGCCCCAUCGAGCCCGGUCGUCACCAUUGCAACGCUCACACCAGUCCCGUCACCGACGACGGCUACUUCAGAGGGCUCCACAAUGACAGCAACGGUGUCAACCCUCUCGACACUUCCCACAUCAUCACCGUCUUCGACACCACCAGCACCAAUCUCUUCAGCGACACAGCCGUACACAACCACCGAAACUGUCGUAACGACCAGUUACUCUCACCGGACGGUUUCCGGCAGCGCCUGGGGUCAAGUCACGAUCAUCAUGCCCGUCGGCGUCAACAGCACCACCACCGUGUAUGGCUCUGAUUUGACUAGCGGAGGCGCCACACUUGUUCUUCCCACCUCUCCCACCACCAGUACCUACACCACAACCCUGACAGUCACUCCCAGUGGGGAGGUCUCGGCACUUGCGACAACGACCGGAGCCUCCGGAGGCUCGGCCGCAGCUUCCGGCACCUCGACGGCACCGCAGUCCACGUUCACUGGUGCGGCAAGCGCGCUGAAGUUCUCUGCCGGAACCUAUCAAUUCCAAUCCACGGCUGCUGCGUUGACCAUCGUCAGCCUCCUAGCCACGUUCUUGCUAUAG